GGCGAGUUUGGUUUACAGUUGUCCGUCGGCCGGCGUUCAAUGAACUUGACUUACACGGGCGUUAGACUGACUAUUCUUGAGCCAGUAACCCGCUUGCGUGCGCCGAAUGAUGUACCAUUACGUGUCCAAUCCCAGGUAGUCCACGCGUUCACUUUUCGGUUAAUAUGUACAGGAAUAAUCAGCUCGCAUUAAUAUUAUUUAUUCAAGGCGGCGUAUGCCGCAUGGAAAUUCGCUGACACGGUGAGCUCGCGCUUAUCUACCUGCGCGCUAGUACCCAAAAGAUAACGCACCGCGAGUGUAGGUAGAGUAUCGUGUUUUUAAUAAACCAGUGACAUACACACGAUGACAAUCAAUAAUAAGAAAAAGAAAAGUGUCUUCGUGGCUUACUUGUGCUGGCUGUUUGGCGGUGUAUUCGGUCUGCAUUUAUUUUAUCUGGAGCGAGAUGUGCACGCAUUUCUCACAUGGAGUACCUUCGGUGGAUACGCAAUCGGAUGGUUGGCGGACGUCACCAAGAUACCGCGAUACGUACGAGAUUGUAACGAAGACGAUGAGUUUAUCAAAGACUUUGUUCUUAAAUUACAGCGUAACAAGAAGCCAUUGUUUUCAACAAGUCGGUUUACUUCAGCCAUAAUGGUAGGCUACCUUUGGGGCCAGUUAGUAAUGCUCGCCACACCGGAAGAAGACGUUUUUGGUAUUAACUGGUCGUUUACACAUUGGUUAGUACCGCUUGCGGUUGGGCUCGGUGUAUGGACGGUAGGCAACAUUGGUCGUGAGAAAGGUACGCCAUGGAUCGCCAUUUUGGUAGCGUACAUUACCUACACAUCGCGUUGGUACUUUUUCGACGAGAGCGUGUGGUUCUCCAUAAUGGUGUUCUCAUCAGCGCUUGCUUUCGAUACCUUUAGCAAAGAAUGGCGGCGUACACCACGCAAACCCAAAGGACUCUGUAAACGCAUGACUGUACUAUUCCUUGCCGGAACUUUGUACCUCGCACUCUGGGGAUCAUACCUUUAUUUCAACGGAACAGUGACUGACUCCAACGGAGAUGAAGUACCAGUAAGCGAAGCCCUACAUCACUUUUUCACCUCUCCGUGGUGGACGGAUCUCAAGCGAUCGCUUUACGAUGUGUACACGUACGCGCAACACCACGGAUGGUACGAGAUUUGGAAACAAAUAAUUGAUUUAUCUGAUGUGCAAGGCGAGCAAAAUGCUUACAAAGUGUUAGACGUGAGUCCCACCGCUAGCCAAUCAGAGAUUACCACUGCGUGGCGCAAACUCAGUAGAGAGAAUCACCCCGACAAAGUAAAGGAACCUGCACUGCAGCGAGCCGCGCAGGAGCGAUUCAUGGAGAUUCAACAAGCCUACGAGAUUCUUUCGAAUAUUAAAAGCAAGCGGCGGCGAAAAAAUAAACGCUCCGUCGAGUGAUCCAACGUGCAACCCAUCCUAUUACCUUAUUCCGCAUUUCUCCACAUUCCCAUAUUCUUGGUUCUUAUUAUAAUUAGAUAUAUUAAUUGUUAGCAUUGCUGUUGAUGACUUAUUAUAAAUAGUACGACUUGAUAUUAUUUAUUAAAUGAUAAUUUAAAAUUUA